AAUGCACUCGCGAGUGCGUGAUUCCCCUGGCGGAGAACAAUUAUGAACGAGAAAAUCCCAGACCUGAUUGUGGGGCACGAAAAAAAGGAAAAGGAGAGGUUACGGAGAACGAGAAGAAAAAAAACACCAACGAUUAUAUACACGGGAGGGGCAAGUACAGCUUUAUAUACUUCCUUUUUUUACAUAAUAAAAAUAGCCCCAUUGAAAUUACAACCAACAAUUUUGAUGUUUUAAAAGGAGAAAUUAGCGAAAUAAAAAAAUACCCCAGUAACAACAAACUAAAGGGAGUCAUCCUUACGAACGUCAUAAAAAAGGGCUCCAUCGGCAAAUGUACAUUUAAGAAGGCAUACAUUUCUUUGGCGAAUAUUCGCUUCUGUGUACCUGUUGGUAGCCAUGGGAAUGCAAAGGUAGCGGGGGGGGAGAAGACAAUCUCGAGCGUCAUUAUCAACGGGUAUAAAAAUUUAAUGGUGAAUGAGAUAUAUGAAAAGUUUAAAAAAAUUGGGGGGU